UUUCCAGAUUCCAACCGACAAAAUGAAACUCUGCGUAUGGUUUCCCCAUAGGCCCAUGACCCAAGUGUACUCUCUGUUCCGAUGGGCUUUCUACUCCUCUCGUUUGGGCCUGCAUUGCAUCUUAUCCUCCCCCAAAACACUUCGCCGCCCUGUCAUCUCUCUCUUUACGCUCCGUCGGAGAUUGGAGGUGGAACGCGAAAGGGAGUACACAAGUCGGCCGUCGCUCGCUCCUCCUUCUCUCCAUGUCCAGGACACGAGCAACGCUGCUCAGUGACGCCGUCUGCUCGCCUCCGGACAAAACCCAUAAUCUCUCCUCCUAGCGAAAUUAGACUUUGUUUCCUCUCCUCCUGGCGACACCCAGAAUUCACGAUUCUGCCUGCCGUCUCUCGUCGGAGAUUUGCGGAGGAAUGUGAAAGGGAGCACCCAAAUUUGCCCCGCCUUCUGCCCGCAAAUAAAUCCCAAAAUACAAGAUCUGCAGGCGGCAAGUGCAAUGUGUACAGGGUUAGGCGGUGUGUUUGAAGUUCGACCAAGGCAGUCCGAAACUAAUCCUGCAGAGUUUCUAACCAUCAGGUAAUUCCGGUAUUAACUGUUAAUGGUCUGGGAUUGCCACAACAAAAUGCUGGCUGCAUUCACUAAAAAAUAUAAUUCGUGGAAAUAGUGAUUUCUGGUAGAAAGAUGUGCCUACUACCAAUCGAUUACUGAAUGCACUAACAACUUGCCAUAAUUAGUGAUUUCAGAUUGUCUCUCUGUUUAGCAAUACAUCUAUGCAACUAUUCUGAAGAUCAGGUAUUUGAUGACUUGGGCAUUAAUUAAUUAAUAGUGACAUAAACCGACUAUGUUGUUAAACAGAAAGUAUACUAUGUAUGGGGUAUUUUACAUGGUGAUUUUGCGACAAUUGAGUCUUCCAUUGUGCGGAAAGACUCCAACUUUUUUCACUCCUUCCACCCUUUCUCCCCUUUCGCCGUCUUCCAUGUAUUCGCUGCCUCCAUCUCUGAAUGGAUUCACAAUUACGUUUCAGAUGAGGUGGGAAGAAAGAAAGAAAGGGAGCCGCCUGCGAGUUCGAGUCUUACCAGCGGCAAAAGAGACAUCCAUCGACGGGGUUUAUUUGACUCUGUUCCAAGUCCCCGAGGUGGUAGUUUCCAAGUUUGACAAGACCAUGCUCUGGCUCUCUAUGGUAUCAACUCACAAUACUACAUCAUCGGCCAAGCAGAACGGAAUGGCCUUCACAUUUCAGUUUCAGCGGAUGUUU